GUGUGACCAUAAAAUAUGAUUCUUUGCCUACUGCACCAAACUUAUUAAGUACUUCUUUUGCCAUUUGGACACCUGGCUUCAACUACAAUGCAGCAAGCUUUAGAACUGGCAUUGGAUCGUGCAGAGUAUAUCAUUGAAAGUGCCCGUCAGAGACCUCCCAAAAGAAAAUAUUUAUCCAGUGGAAGAAAAUCUGUAUUUCAAAAACUCUAUGAUUUAUAUAUAGAAGAAUGUGAAAAAGAGCCUGAGAUAAAGCAGAAGCUGAGGCGAAAUGUGAAUUUACUUGAGAAGCUGGUUAUGCAGGAGACGUUGUCAUGUCUGGUAGUGAACCUCUAUCCGGGAAAUGAGGGUUAUUCACUUAUGCUCAGGGGAAAAAAUGGUUCAGAUUCUGAGACCAUUCGGCUGCCUUACGAGGAAGGAGAGCUGCUUGAAUAUUUGGAUGCAGAGGAGCUACCACCUAUUUUGGUUGAUCUUUUAGAAAAAUCUCAGGUUAAUAUUUUCCAUUGUGGAUGUGUAAUAGCAGAAAUACGUGACUAUAGGCAGUCUGGUAACAUGAAAUCUCCAACAUACCAAAGCAAGCACAUUCUUUUGCGUCCUACAAUGCAGACCUUAAUUUGUGAUGUGCAUUCUAUAACAAGUGACAACCACAAAUGGACACAGGAGGACAAACUCCUACUUGAGAGCCAACUUAUUUUGGCUACAGCAGAGCCUUUGUGUCUUGAUCCUUCAAUAGCGGUGACCUGUACUACAAACAGACUCCUUUACAACAAGCAGAAGAUGAAUACUCGCCCCAUGAAACGGUGCUUCAAAAGGUACUCAAGGUCGUCUCUGAACAGGCAACAGGAAGUAGCUCACUAUUCAACUCCACCUCAGCUCAGACUACUUGACUACUUACAGAAAAGAAAGGAGAGGAAAGGAACCCAGCAGUAUGACCUCAAAAUUUCUAAAGCUGGAAAUUGUGUAGAUAUGUGGAAACAGAACCCUUGCUACUUGACUGCACCUUCUGAAGUGGAUGUGGAAAAAUAUGCCAAAGUGGAAAAGUCUAUCAAGCCUGAUGACUCACAACCAACUGUCUGGCCAGCCCAUGAAAUAAAAGAUGAUUAUGUGUUUGAAUGUGAAGUUGGUAAUCAGCUUCAGAAAACAAAACUGACCAUUUUUCAGUCUCUUGGCAAUCCCUUGUAUUAUGGUAAAAUUCAGACACUCAAAGGUGAUGAGGAAAAUGACAACCUAUUAACUCCAUCACAGUUCCUUAUUGGUUCGAAGACUGAUGCUGAAAGGGUGGUGAACCAGUAUCAGGAGUUAGUACAAAAUGAAGCUAAAUGUCCUGUGAAAAUGUUUCAUAAUUCAGGUGGAUCAGUCAAUCUUAGUCAUCUUUCUCCAGGGAAGGAAAUGGAACAGCCAGAAAGUAUAUCAGGCUCUGUUCAGUCUUCAGUAUUGGGGAAAGGUGUAAAACACCGACCUCCUCCUAUCAAAUUACCUUCAAGCUCAGGAAGUAGCUCUUCAGGUAAUAUUUUUAGUCCACAACAGUCAAGUGGCCAUCUAAAAUCCCCAACUCCUCCUCCUCCUUCUAAGCCUCCUGGUCUUUCUCGGAAACAAUCUAUGGAUCUUAAUCAAGUUAGCAUGCUCUCUCCAGCUGCCAUGUCUCCUGCGAGCUCUUCACAAAGGUCUGGAACUCCUAAACCAUCUACUCCUACUCCAACCAACACCCCUUCAUCGACCCCACACCCUCCUGAUGCUCAGAGCUCAACUCCUAUUACCCCUUCUGCCACCCCUACUCCCCAAGAUUCAGGCUUCACCCCUCAGCCCACUUUGUUAACCCCAUUUGCUCAGCAGCAAAUGUCUCUGAGCCAGGCAUUGCCUGUAAUGACCAUUCCUCUUUCCACCAUGGUAACAUCCAUUACUACAGGAACAACCUCCACCCAGGUCAUGGCAAACCCUGCAGGACUUAACUUCAUCAAUGUAGUGGGCUCUGUGUGUGGAGCACAGACACUGAUGAGUGGUUCAAACCCUAUGUUGGGGUGCAACACUGGUGCCAUAGCCCCUGCAGGUAUAAAUCUGAGUGGCAUUUUACCAUCAGGAGGUCUGGUACCAAAUGCGCUGCCCGCUGCAAUGCAGUCUGCCUCUCAAGCAGGCAGCCCCUUUGGUUUGAAAAAUGCGUCAAAUCUUCGGCCCUUAAAUCUUCUACAGGGGUCUGACCAAGGUCCAUCCAAUCAAGAUCAGGCAUUAUCUGCCCAACAAGCUGCUGUAAUUAACCUGACCGGAGUAGGGAAUUUUAUGCAACCUCAAGCCACAGUGUUGUCUCAGCUUGGCUCUGCUGUGAACAGACCUGGGCAAAGCCUUCCUCAGCAGAGACUCCAGCUCUCUUCUGCCUUACAACAGCAACAGCAGCAAGCCUUGCAGCAGCAACAGAUACAAGUAAUCCAGCAACUUCACUCUGACUGUGUUUAAAAAAAAAAAAUUAAAUUUAAAAAUAUAAUUCUCAGCUCCAAAACCAAAAAUCUUGCCCCCUUGACUUUUUUUUUAAACUAAUGUCUUUAUGGUCUUGCAAAUGAAGAAAACAUGAAUUUUGGCAAACUAUAUCACAAAAGAUUUGAAAUCUGUGGUUCUCUCAGCUUGGAGCACUGAAUUUAUUUUUAUUCAUUUAAGCCAUCCACCUCCCUGAUUUGCUAACAUUCAAGGAGUGCUUGUGGCACAUACCUAAAUAAGCUCUGCCAGGUGCCAGUAGAUUUCAAAAUAGCAUGAAUGUAGGCACUUGUAAGUUCAAAUGUAGCACUGCUCCUGUCAGUAUAUGGAAGCAACAGCUCUGGCAAA